AACGGAGCAAAGUUUGCAUCCCGUGAGGAUCCUCACGCUAGACACACUGUCAGUUUGUGCGCACAGGACGACAGCGACCACCGGAUCAUAACUGUUCUCGUCAACGCAGACAGUGAUGAGCACCUAUACCCAAACACAGGCUCGUCCUCCUCCAGCUGUACUAGGACGCAAAAAUUCGUUCUUCGGCGCCAUCAAGAACAUCGUCACUGCCCCACUCUCAUGGUUUGGAGGCAGUGAGGAUGACUUUGGCGAUAGCGACGCCAGAGGAAAGCGAAGGCGGCUCCCUGUUGCCUCUGAGCAAACUCACGAUGACUCAGACUCAGACUCAGAGCAACGGACCAAGAGAAUGAGAAUGGGCAGCCCCAACAGAGAUAAGCAACCAUACCUUGAUCCCCCAAGAUCAGCCUUCAUGCAGCACCACAAGACAUCUGAAGGUGUACGCAUCCAAACUCAUCGUCAUGUUUCGCCCUCGCCAAGAAAAGCCCUCCGUGUACCUACUACCGCGCCCCGUAAUAGACGCACGAUGUCCCCUUACCCAAGUGGAUCACAGCUCAAGGCACAGCCGUCUGUGCGUACAAUGUCUCUUGAUCCUCCAUCUGGACUGGGCUACUCCGGUUCGCAAGCCCGGUUGCAGCCAGUUCCAACUAUGCAAGAUCUCACAGAGGAGAAAGAUGCUAUGUCCAUCAGCAGGGAGCCAUCCAUGUCAAACCUUCGUAUGCGUACGUCUGUUACACCUCAGCCCUCAGGCUCCGAUUUCGGCCCCGUCAUUCUCCCUCGCCGGGAGCGCGAUCCAACUGAGCCGCCACCGCUUACGACAUUGAUGUCAAACCCCAUGUUUGUUAAGCCCCCGCCUGGCUUGCAGAAGCACAGUACUGCGGAAAUGACCAGACAAGCCACUCUUGGUUCAUUACUAGACUCUCAGCGUAAGCAAAUUCAUUCCCCUGUCCGACGGGGAUCUGUUUUGUUUGGCACAGGAUCUAUGACAGAUAUAUCGGCUCCCCAUCUUUGGCCGAUCAACCCCGCUGAGAAGGCCCUGCAUGAGCUUGAAGUAUACAAAACUCCUCUUCUCCCCUCGCGCCUUAAGGGUGCGCCGAUUCCGGACACUUUUAUAUCGAAGAAGAGCCGCCCUAUCACUCUCAUGCAUGACCGGGACCGAGAACGUAAGAAGGGGAAAGGCAAAAACAAGAUGAAGGAUCGAGAUGGUGUCAAUGGGACAAAGCCAUACGCAGGCGAGGGUGGCAUGAAGAAGUGGUUGGCAAGGAGGAAGCGGGAAGAGGAGGUGGUGCGAGCGUACAAGGAGGCUGAUCGAGAGAAGGAGAAAGAGCAGACGAUGGAGGAGGAUGAGAGUGCUAGUGCUGAAGCUGAAGCUGAGAGGUUAAGCGAACAGCAAAAGAAAGCACAGGAGGAAGAGGCACAACUUAAAAAGCAGAUGGAGGUCGCGGCAGUUCCGAGGGCACCUGCAUUCGAGCCAAAGCUCAAUGCUACAAGGGAGAUGUCUCUUCGCGUUGGACGCUCGCGGAUGCGCAAUCACAUUGAGCGCCCGACAGCAAAGCGCACAAAUAAGUUUUCUGCGGCGUUUGAAGAUGAUGAGGAUGUUAUGGAUGAUGAAAGAGCUGCACUUGAGGAGGCUGCCAAGACAGUACCUGUUUUCGAAAUUCCUGCUGGGUUCACCUUUGCGAAAGAGGUAGAUCAUUUUAUGACACUGAUGAAUAAUCGAUCUCAUCAUUUUCGCAGACGUCCAUAUCUCACGAUGUUACAGGCGCAAAAGAACCUCCCAUCAGUGCCCUUCCAUUUUCAUUGUCUAAACCACCUGCAGCUACCGCCAAGCCGGCCGAGCCCUCUGCAACCCCUACCAUCUCGUUUGUUCCUCCUAUCCCACAGCCGUCCAAAUCAGUGGCACGUAGUGAGCCUGCGUCCGUUACAGCUGCCCUUCCCACGAGUGCCUCUAGUAUUCCCAAUUUCUUUGCUAAUACCGCCGUGUAUACCAAGCCGUUGGCCGUCACCACUCAGUCGGGAUCUUUUGGCGCACCUCCUCCUGUUCUCGCACCCACACUAGCACCAGCACAAGUGCCAGAAGCUCCAAAAGUCACUGAGGCGUCUACUUCCUUGUUUGGUACGCCUGUAACUGCCCCUCAAGUAUCUGUCCCACCAUCCUCUGUGCCUGCUGCGACUUCUAUAUUCGGAGCAGCUCCUCCGUCUUCAAGUACUCCAAUCUUUGGCCCUUCUUCCACUAGCACUGGCACAUCAUUUGGUGUUCUAGC